AACCCUUUCCUCUCCCUCCAUUUCUCUCACACUCCACACGCUCCUUUCCCUUCUUUUGAUUUUCUCUCACCCAAGAAAUGGCAACCCCUUCAUUGGCAGCUCUACCCUUCUUCUUCUUCUUCUUCUUCUUCUUCCAUGUCCUAAGUACCCUAUCCCUCACUUCCUCUUCCCCAGUUCAAGACCAAGAACUUGUUGUACAACAAGUACACAGGGCCAUUAACGACUCUAGAAGAAAUUUGGGCUAUCUCUCUUGUGGAACCGGUAACCCUAUCGACGAUUGCUGGCGGUGCGACCCCAACUGGGAGAAGAACCGCCAGCGCUUGGCGGAUUGCGCAAUUGGAUUUGGAAAAAAUGCCAUUGGUGGAAGAAAUGGGAGAAUUUACGUGGUAACAGAUCCCGGCAAUGAUGACCCGGUGACACCUAAGCCAGGGACACUUAGGCAUGCAGUGAUUCAAGAUGAGCCAUUGUGGAUUAUUUUCGCUCGUGACAUGACAAUUCAAUUAAAGGAAGAGUUAAUAAUGAACUCUUUUAAGACUCUUGAUGGUAGAGGUGCUAGUGUUCAUAUAGCUGGUGGUCCGUGCAUUACUAUACAAUUUGUGACGAAUAUUAUUAUUCAUGGAUUGCAUAUACAUGACUGUAAGCAAGGAGGGAAUGCUUAUGUGCGGGACUCUCCACAGCAUUAUGGGUGGAGGACUAUAUCAGAUGGUGAUGGAGUGUCCAUCUUUGGUGCAAGUCAUAUAUGGGUGGAUCAUAAUUCUUUGUCAAAUUGUAAAGAUGGGUUGAUUGAUGCAAUUCAUGGGUCCACAGCUAUCACAAUUUCAAACAAUUACAUGACCCACCACGAUAAAGUCAUGUUAUUGGGUCACAGCGAUUCUUACACUCAAGACAAGAACAUGCAAGUCACUAUAGCCUUUAAUCACUUCGGAGAAGGCCUUGUCCAAAGAAUGCCAAGGUGUAGACAUGGGUAUUUCCAUGUAGUCAACAAUGACUAUACCCAUUGGGAAAUGUAUGCCAUUGGAGGCAGUGCAAACCCUACAAUCAAUAGCCAAGGGAAUAGAUUUCUUGCACCUGACAAUCGAUUCAGUAAAGAGGUGACAAAACAUGAAGAUGCCCCAGAAAGUGAAUGGAGGAACUGGAAUUGGAGAUCAGAAGGAGACUUAAUGAUGAAUGGUGCAUUUUUUAAAGCAUCAGGAGCAGGAGCUUCUUCAAGCUAUGCUAAGGCUUCAAGUUUGAGUGCUAGACCCUCUACACUUGUGGGUACCAUAACAGUAGCUGCUGGUGCCCUCGGUUGUAAGAAAGGCUCUCGCUGCUGAUUGUCAAUUAAUAUCAUUAUAACAUUUCAUAAUAACAUGGAAUUGAGUGAUUUUGUUAUGUUUCUUGAUUAGAAAAGUGUGUAGAAGAAUUAAUGAAAGUCUUCAAAGAAUGUGGAAGGUGAAGAAAGGUCCAAUCAUAGGUUUUCCAGUUUUGUUUCUUUUGUGGGCUCUCUAAUUCUCUUUAAAUUUUUAAUUUUUUUUUUCUUUUUAGUUAUUUGGGUACUCAACUUUGAUGAUUACAACCACUGGCCUGUAACUCUUAGAACCAUUAGGGAUUCUUUUAUGAGAAUCUUGAUGUGUUUAAAGAGAAAGCAAGUGCAGAAGCGUUGAUAUUUAUAUAUGUAAUUAUCUAUUUAUAUUUAUGGUUUCUUUCUCUGUCUUUA